GGCGUUUACGCAGAAUCGUGCCUGUCAAAGGACAUUUAAAUGGCCACACGGUACAGAGUCGUAUACGUUACAGCACCGUAAUAACAGUGUUACGGUGAUAUUCUGGCACCCAGCUGCGCAAACACCGUCCGUUCUCCUCGCCGGGGUCGUUCUUCAUCACGUAAACCCGCGUUUUGUUCCCCAAGUUUGUUCGGAAAGUCAGAAAAUGAGCGACGAGGACGAGUUUUUACAGAAAGCCCGAGCGGGGUUUGAAGAUCUCUGUAGGGCUCUGAAUAUGGACGAAGAGGCGAGUAACGAAGCGUGGAAGUCCUACGAAAACAUCAGCAGGAAUUUUACUCUGGAGGGCAGUGAGCUGCACUGGCUGGCCUGUGCUCUCUACGUGGCCUGCAGAUCCUCUGUGCCAACGGUGGGGAAAAGCACCGUAGAGGGGAACUACGUCUCUCUGACCAGAAUCCUACGCUGCUCGGAAAUGAGCCUGAUUGAGUUUUUUAACAAGUUGAAGAAGUGGCAGGACAUGACCAGCCUGCCGCAGGUUUUCCGUCAGAACACAGAGAAGUUAGAGAGAAACUUCACAGUGUCAGCUGUCAUCUUCAAGAAGUACGUUCCCAUCUUUAAAGCCAUCUUCAAGGCCCCAUCUGAAGAGCCGCCCCGAGUUCACCGCAGCCGCAAACAGAGACGCCAUCCUUGCACUGUGACAGAGGUCUUCAACUUCUGCUGGGUCUUGUUUGUCCAUGCUAAAGGGAACUUCCCCAUGAUCAGCGAUGACCUGGUGAACUCGUAUCAUCUGCUGCUGUGUGCUCUGGACCUGGUCUUCACCAACGCUCUGCUGUGCAACGCCAGGAAAGACCUGCUCAACCUGAACUUCAGAGGUCUACCAGAGGACUUCAGCAGUAAAGAUUACAGACCAUCCUCAGGUCCAUACUGCUUCAUAGAGCAGCUGUGUGAGCUGCAUGAUGGGCUGGUGCUGGAGGCCAAGGGAGUCAAAGAACACUUCUGGAAACCCUUCAUCAAGAAACUCUUCCACAAGAGGAUUCUCAGAGGAAAAGAGGACAGUUUGACCGGAUUUCUGGAUCCCAUGAACUUCGGAGACAGUUUUUUGUCUCUCAGUCGGGUGUAUGAGGAACAUGUUCUGGCCACUGGCAGUCUGGAUGAGAGGAUCUUCACCAGUGAGGGGGCAAGUGAGGAGAUCGGCACCCCGGGGCCCUGCCUCUGUGAGGGGGUGGAGAACCAAGACAGGGUCACCUACAGGCUUCACACUAACCUCACGGCUUCAGCACUGAAGGUUUCCACUCCUCUGACUGGCAGGAAGUACGUUCAGGAGAACAGCCUGGCAUCUCCGGUCUCAUCUGCCAUGAAGAGCGUCGGACGUCUUCACACUCUGCUGUCAGGAACCAAACAGGGUCCGAGCCCUAAACUAACAGAAACUCUCAGGACGUGUGCCAGAGACCCCACUGAUGUCAUCAGUAAGCGCCUGAGGGACAUGUUUGAUCUCUUCUCUCAACAUUACGAGGACAGCGAUGCAGAGAACAGGGGGAUGGGGAAAGACAUGGCUGUGAAGUAUUUCCAUCUGGCAGAGGCGCUCUACUACAGGAUCCUGGAGUCCAUCAUUGAGAGAGAAAAGAUGAUACUGGGAGACGCUGACCUGUCUUGUAUUCUGGAGCAGGACGUCUUCCACCGCUCCCUGGUGGCCUGCUGUUUGGAGAUUGUCGUCUUCUCCUACAGACCUCCAGGAGAUUUCCCCAGCAUGAUCUCCAUCUUCCAGCUGCCUGCUUAUCACUUCUACAAGGUGAUUGAGGUAUUGGUGCGGUCGGAGCAGGGUCUGUUUCGGGAGGUGGUGAAGCACCUGAACCAGGUGGAGGAGCAGGUUCUGGAGAGUCUUGCCUGGACAAGCGGCUCUCCUCUGUGGGAGAGUCUCCAUGGGUCCAAAGACCACGUCCCUGCCUGUCAGGAGGUGAUGCCUCCUCAGUAUCUGGAACAAAAUGAUGAAGGCAGCACCGGCAGCGUUCCCAUCACACCCGUCAACCAUGGACCUGAGCUCAACACCAGCAGCACUGUCAAAGGGGUGUCCCCCUCCCCCACCACUCUGCUGGACCGUUACAGCUCUCCCACCGGACCAGCUCGCCGCCGUUUGUUUGUGGACCCGGUGGACGGUGAGACCGGAGUCAGCUCCGCCAGCACCAGUACCACCUGCACAACACCAGCCAAUGUGACCAAGACCGGACAGGCCAGCCUAGUCACAGCCAUCCCAGCUGGGCAGACUGUGGUCACCAUGGCAACGGCCACCGUUACUGCCAACAACGGGCAGACAGUCACCAUACCUGUGCAGGGUAUAGCCAACGAGAGCGGAGGAAUCACCUUCAUCCCAGUCCAGGUGAGUGUGACCGGACAGGGAGGAGCCACGCUGCAGCCGUUGUCCGCCCAGACUUUGACCGGCACCCUCACGGUCCAAUCAGCUGUCACCAAACCAGCUGCCAAACCAGCGAGCAGCCCCCUGAGGAAAGGCUCCCUGUCCCUGUUCUUCAGGAAGGUGUACCACCUGGCCAGCGUUCGUCUGAGAGAUCUUUGUGCCAAACUGGACAUCUCGUCAGAGCUGAGGAGGAAGAUCUGGACCUGUUUUGAAUAUUCUCUGGUCCAUUGUACUGACCUGAUGAUGGACCGUCACCUGGACCAGCUCCUCAUGUGCGCUGUUUACGUCAUGGCAAAGGUGACCAAAGAGGACAGAUCGUUUCAGAACAUCAUGAAGUGUUACCGCACUCAGCCUCAGGCCAGCAGCAACGUCUACAGGAGUGUGUUGAUCUCGGGGAGGAGGAGUUGCUCCGGCAGCAACGAUGCAAACAAACAGAACUCAGCCACGGACUCCAGCCUGGAUCCAGCAGGUGGAGACAACAGUCCAGUUCCUAUUCGCUCCAGCAGCACCUUGCCAGCCCCCCAGCCUGGCAGUGCCCCCUCCACACCCACCAACACCUCCUACAAGAACACCUCCUCCUCCACUGUGGGUGACGGAGAGGAGGAGCGAGGAGACCUGAUCCACUUCUACAACAAUGUUUACGUCAAACAGAUGAGACUGUUCGCUCUGAAAUACUCACCUAACUCGCCCUCUGCAGGGGUGGAGUCCCCCUCUCUGUGUCCAUAUCCCACCCUGAGGAUGGGGUCUCCUCGUCGGAUGCUUCUGUCCAGCAAACACUCCAUUUACAUCUCACCUCACAAGACGGGCUUCACCCCCACAUCAACAACCCCCCGAGACAAGAUUUCUUACUACAUCUGCAGCAGCCCACCCAACCGUCUGCAGGAGAUCAACAGUAUGAUCCGGACCGGGGAGACCCCCUCCAGGAAGCGCAGCAUGGCUCUGGAGGACGAGACGUCCCCCAAGAGGGUUUGUCCUGACAAUCACUCCGCCCUGCUCCGCCGCCUGCAGGACGUCGCCAACGACCGCAGCUCCUCUCACUGAGAUCACACACACACACACACACACAGACAGACAGACAGACUGCACCAUCACAGUCACACAUGGUUACAGACUUUCAGGAGCGUUUAGGGUUCAGUUCAUUGAACUUUUAACUAAUGACUCUCCAGCCAUGCGUCUAAUAUAGACUCUGUGAACAUCUGGAUCCAGACUGAACAGGUGGAGUGAAUACAGCAAACAGAGCCUGGUUCACUGUUCACAUGAAAACCUAAAUACAGACUGAAAAAUCGUGAACUUGUCCAUUAAAUAGGUUCAAACAAAGCAGACAAGCUGCUCGUCAACCAAAAUCUGAGGACGUAUUGUGAAGUUCUGUAAAACCUUCACUGAAAAUGACCAAAAUGGCAUCAGAAAAAAAGAGAUUUCUCACUGUUGUUUUAAAAAGUUGUUCAUUCUGAUGUUUCCAGAUGUUUGUCUGUGUGCUUCCAGUGAGUUCCAGAGGUUUUCAAACGGAGGAAGGGGUGAGUCAGAGAAGCUGUGCAGGUGAAAGGGACAGGUGCAUGCAGGUGCUGUCCAAGUGACAGGAAGUUAGUUGUCGUAGUUUGGCGGCUGAUUUCACUGAGAUGUGUCAUGGAUGACGGAGGAGCUGAAGGUUCUGAAGCUGCUUCUUCUCAGAGCCUUCAGUCACACUUAACAUCUGUGGGUCAAAUCACAGCUGAUUCAGCAGCUCUUCAUGGCAACAUUAUCCUCUUCACACCUCCCAAGGCAUUAUGGGAAGUGUAUGAGCAGGAUAACCCCGUGAACAGACAUGUUAGUGCUUGAAAACGGGUUUGAACCAAUAAUCAUCGAGAAGCUGUCGAUGAGUCGUCAAACGUUUCAUCUGCAGCACAAACCGUGUGAAGAGGACAAACUCCGUUUCUUGUUUUCUCUCAUUUUACUGUUGAUCAUUUUAUGCUGAAGGUUUGAUGAAGAAGCUAAAGCUCGGUGUUGUCUUCCUGCACUCGUGUGUUUCUGAUGCUGUAUUUGACAUUUUUCUUUGUGUUUUUUUAACUUUUCUCUCUUAAAAUAAUGAACUGAUAGUUUCCAUGUUUUAUACCAUACUAAUCACAAAAAUCUGAUUUAAAUCCCGUCGUAUUUAACCGUCAGUUUACAGGUAUGAAGAGUUUCUUCUCAACAAACACAUUCAUCCAUCAUGAAAAUUGCUCACUGAUCUUUGUCAUUUAUCAGUUAAACUGUGAUAAACGUUUGUUUAUCUCUUCAUAUCAUCAUGUGUUUUAGUCCACAUGAUGAGAUGUGUACAUAUCUGUAAAAAAGAAGAAAACCUAUUUUAUGGAGGUUGAUGUAAGUUAAGUGCCUUUAUUUUUUACUCCUGAAUCUGUUUGUUUGUUUACACCCAACAAACUUUACCUUUAUUAGAUUUUCUUCAUUGUAAAACAAAAGAAACCUGAUAAUAAAAAAAAGCUGACCUGG